AUGUCUAACGAGAUCAAUUCCCCCAUCACCCCGCUCACAACCGCUCAGAGCAACGAGACUGUCAGCGAUCCAGCUCAGUCGUCGAACUCAACAUCAACUCUAACGAGCAACUCCCAAGACCCACCACCACAGCGUUCAGCUGAGGGAAACCCUAGCGGCAAUCCCAACAAAAGAGGCCUACCCUCAGAUAACGUCAACCCAAAUCAUGCGGGAACGGAAUCGGAAACCCAGCAAGCUGGAAAGACGGCAGCUUUGGAGCUUGCUAGACGUCUCGGUACCAAUAACGACACCACCAGCGUUACAGAUGACGAGGUUCGCGUAAUAAAAGCACCUAAAAAUCUUCUAAACGGCAGUGCCAAGUAUCAACAUACUGAUACGAGUCAUGCUUCCCCCCCACGGGGUAACCCUACGAUAACAGAUUCAGCAUCGUUCCAAGAAGAUGAGGCAAUCGCCUCACUGAUCGAAAAAUGCCUCGCAGCGACCAAAGCCGGUGACAUGCCCGCCUCAGACCGAUAUUACGAGAUGUACAAGUCGCUUCUGACCGCGAAAGCCAAGAGCAAAAUCCCAAGAGGAAAGCGGACCUCAGACAACGUCAUCGCCGACUCCCAACAAUCAUCUGACGAAGAUUCGAUGGCAGGAGACGUUCAAUUCGCCACCGGCGCCAUCCCCAAGCACGACGAGAAUGGGUUUCACCCCAUACUUUCACAAAAACAUCAAAAUGAUGAGAGGACCGAUUCCUCUGACAAUCUUUAA